GAGGGGUGGGCGUGAGUGUCGUCCUCACGUCCAUCAUCAGGCCACUGGCUCUCAAGCCCUCACAGCACCAGGCACCAGCUACGCAGGGUCCUUCCAGGACCUCAUUGAAUCCUGGCACCCUCCCCCCAGGUGGGUAGUGCCAUCUGCUUUUAGAGUUAGCAGGAGAGGACUGGCCGGUGUCGAGUCAGCCACUGGCACACCUCCCGUUUCAGACAUGCUUGAGCGGGGCCACAGCCCACCCUGGGCUGUUCCCUGCCACAGAGAAGGUGCCAGAGGAAGCUGGAUUCUGGAGGGGAUGCCGGCCGGCUCAGUGAGGCCGGAAGUUGAUGCGUUGCCCCCAUCCCCGCCAACCCCUCAUCCCCACCAACCCCCCACGCCCGCCAACCUCCCACCCUCUCGUCCCCUUCUCAUCUCUUGCCAGGCAUCGGUAGGCCCCGGAAGGACCCCAUCCCCAAAGCCCCUGUGGCCACUGUGGCCAUGAGAGGGGCGCCCAGCACUCUUGCCCUCUCCACAUCCGCUGCACGGGGCCCCGGGGCCCCCAGCACCCCACAGCCCACAGGUGGGUGCCCAGCUACAGCCCAGCUGUCCCGGCCUUUUCCCCCACCUCUGUGAUGUGCACCUGCUAUAGGGGCUUGGCUCUUAGACUAGAGAACACUAGACCCUAGAGCCACGAGAGUGUGGGGCUGAGGGGCCUCCAGGCCGUCUGGGCCCAUCUGUUACUGGGCCCCAGCCAGGGGACCUGGGGCUCAAUUUAGCCUGGACCCUUCUACCUCCUGCCCCCUAAAGCACAGCUCAGGAGGAUCCCAAGACCAGCAUGGCCGAGAGAAUGGGGUGACCGAGGAACCGGGGGAGGGGCCUAGUGACAUCCAGGCCACACGAAGUGCGCCCAAAGCCUGUCUCCCAGGGGGGCUCCUGCCUCAGUGCUCUGCCCCAGGCGCCGCCACCCCGCACCCUGUUGUGCCCCCAGCGCCUCGGCAGCCGACCCCUGGGAGUGGACAGCAUAGACUGAGCCAAGAGGGCAAGCUUCUCUGAUCAGCGAGGCAGAAGGGCACCUCUGGGCCCGGGUUUUUGGAGUAGGGACUGCUGGGCUUUUCUGGGCUGCGUGGGGAGGGGCGGGGGGCAGGGCUAGGCCAGGGCGAGCAUCCCACACCGCGUCAACCGGAGCAGCCACUCUUAGGGGUCCGCCGCGACGGACAGGCUCAGAGACACCCGCUCUCUGGUUCGAAUUCCCCUCCGAAGUUGGGAUUGCUGUGUAUUCGAGGCUUGGGGUGCUGGAAAUGUCCUGUCCCCGCCCACUGCAAAUGCCAGAAGUCCGAAAUGAUCCAUCCUUCCCGGAGGGUGCCAGGAGGACGUGGCCGAGGGAAGUCUCCCUGGUCCCGGCUGGGAAGGGGAGCUCGGCAGUGAGCCCCAGCAGAGAGGAGACGGCAGGGGCGCCUCGCUCCUUGGACGGUGCCAUGACCCUUCCUUCCUCUGUGCACGGACCUGCGGAGGAAAAGUCCCCCUUGUUCUUGGGCCAUCUGGCUUAGCUCCUCCGUGGGACCCAGAGGGUGACACCCCCCCCACUCUUGAUUUCUGCCCUUCUCCACGGGGAGGGCGGCAUUUGCAGGAGGCAGGGGCUGGUCAGGAGAUUCAGGAGUUACAGGGGAGCCUCCUGGCCCAGGGGUCCUCUUCGGGGUCAAGGCCGGGUCCAUGCUGGGAAUGCCAGGACAUAAGCUGGCCGCCUGGGCCUUGUGCUUGAUUUUGCAAUGUCUGUGAUGGGCGUACGGGAGCAAAAUUUGCUAUAGCGGGUGCUGUGCCUGCCUGCAAACAGUGGUCUGUCUGGGUGGGGACCACACACACACACACACACACACACACACGGAGUAACCUUGAACCCAUUUUCUUAGUGCUUCGGAUUUGGUGCACGCGGUUCAGGGCAAGCUGCACGGCUGGGAGGUAAAGAGAGGCUCAGAUCAGGGCGGCGAGCCAGGCGAGGUGGGUGCGAAUCACGAGGGUCCCCAGGACCCAGGUGGUGAGAAGGCGCACUCCUCAAACAUUCAGUGGGUCGUGGUCAGCUUGCGUGGUGACCCCAGUGAGGGCGGCAGGGCGCUUUGGGGCAGGAGGUGGCUCUAGCGUAACAGUCAGUGACCCCAGCAGCCCGUGUCUCAGAGGUCAUCGCUCCUCCUAGCAGCUGAAGCCUGUGCCCUCCCUGGGCCCCAUGUACGUGGACCCCCACUAAUAAUGACGGUCCCUCCAGUUGGCGGAGUGUGGACUUCUCCUGAGCCCACAGUUCCGAGGGGAUAGGACCGUUAGUUCCUGGUCCCACAGGUCAGGAUGUUAAGGCUUGGGAAGAAGCAGGUGGAGUUCAUGGCACGUAAACUAUACUUCAAUAAAGCUGUUUGAGAAGAAAGAAAGAGGCAGCCGCUCAAGGUAAUAAAUAGGAUUACAGAGACGCGCAGGGAGGAUUCGAACUCGGGGCUCACCGACUCCAGAGGAGAGAUAGCUGCCUCCACAGCCACCCAGCACCACCCCAAACCCCCCCAGCUGGAGCCACUCCCUGAUUCCCAAGGAACAGAAGGGACCUCCAUCUGGCCUCGGCACACGACACAGGCCGCGGUGAGACUGUUCUUCCCGCGCACCCGAGCGUGUCCCGGAGAGCCCAGCCAGGGGUCUUUCUUGCCCCCGGCUCCCAGCCCCCAGAAAGGUCCUGAGUCUCCCCACGUGCCUCCCGACAGGUGCUUCAGACUCUUUGACCGGAGUCUAGCUGGGCCCGUGACCCUCUGGCCCAGAAGUUUCUCCGUCUUGCCCAUGUCUAGCUGUCUGGAGGGCAGAGGCUGUGGGGCAGGAAGAGCUGCUCAGGACCACUAAUCCUCGCCCGCAGAGGGUGGUGGGAGAAAGGCUCUAAAGCAAAAAGGCUCCGGGGCUGCUUUUGUUUCGGCUCUAAUUAAGCCCUUGCCAAUUUGGGUCCUGCAGCCUUCUCUCCUCACUGAGCCCCGUAUUAAUGUCAAUUCGAUGCCCAAAGGCUCCCAGCGCCCAGCUGGAAAGUCUCCUGCACUUUUUAGCUGGUAGGUUUUCUGUCUCUCCCCACCAGCCGGCAUCGUGCGUAAUCCCUUUAAGAAGUGGAGAGAAUCCGAUUUCUCCCCUGUCCCUCUGGGUUUGUCUUUUGAAAUUCAGUGCAGAGCCAUGCCUUGCCUUCGCCAGCCCUGCCCGCUUCCCCCGCUUUGUGGCCGCUUAGUCUUGGGGACAGGCACGGCGACCCUGGGGGUUGACUCGCAUCGCGGUCCCCUGGCGAAAAUGGGCCCACGCUGUGGGCUGGGGAGGGCGGGUCAGAUGGUGGAGGGGCUCCGGUCCCCGCGUUGGUGUUGGACAGGCAGCCUUCAAAGACCGUUCUGGACGCGUUUGAUGACCCCUGCUCCCCUGUACAGCCAUCAGCCAGGGACUUUGGCACAGAAAGGUCUGCGCCCAAAUACGGGACUGGAUCCCGCUGUACCCUCAGUAGGUUCGGGGACAACACAGGGAGGGCAGAAGGGUCGUAUAAUCAGGUGUCCCGCCGAAGAAAGGACGGCCCAAAGUGUGCAGGUUCUCGGGCUCAGCCCCGCCCCCCUCUUCUCUGGCUUCAGGUCACAGGCUGUAGUAGGUGUAGACGCUGCCUCUCCCAUAGACCUGGACCCAGUUCCGCUUGGCCAGUGUAGACCAUGCUGCUUCUGCUAAGGGUCCUAUGGGUGUGUGAUGACUCCGGGUGCCCCCCAAGUCCCCCAGCCCCACCCUGUCGCAUAACUGGGCUUCUCCUUUUCUUCCCCCCAAGAGUGGAUCAGGCCAUCUACAGCUGCCCCCCUCGGGGAGAGCUCCCCCGGGCCCCAGAUGCCCUCCAGUGCAGAAGUUGUGGGCACCUUUGCUGCUGCCCCCGCCCCUGCCCCGGCCUCCAGACCUUUCCAGCUCAAGCCCAAAUCUGCUGAAGUGGUGCCCAUUGAAGAAUUCCAAGACUGUGAGUGUUACGGCCACUCCAACCGCUGCAGCUACAUCGACUUCCUGAACGUGGUGACGUGUGUCAGCUGCAAACACAACACGCGAGGCCAGCACUGCCAGCACUGCCGUCUGGGCUAUUAUCGCAACGGCUCUGCCGAGCUGGACGACGAGAACGUGUGCAUCGAGUGUAACUGCAACCAGAUCGGCUCCGUGCACGACCGGUGCAACGAGACCGGCUUCUGCGAGUGCCGCGAGGGCGCAGCGGGACCCAAGUGCGACGACUGCCUCCCGACGCACUACUGGCGCCAGGGCUGCUACCCCAACGUGUGUGACGAUGACCAGCUGCUCUGCCAGAACGGCGGCACCUGCCUGCAGAACCAGCGCUGCGCCUGCCCGCGCGGCUACACCGGCGUGCGCUGCGAGCAGCCCCGCUGCGACCCCGCCGCGGAGGACGGCGGCCUGGACUGCGACCGCGCGCCCGGGACCGCCCCGCGCCCCGCCACCCUGCUCGGCUGCCUGCUGCUGCUGGGGCUGGCCGCCCGCCUGGGCUGCUGAGCCCGGCCCGGAGGGGACCCUGCGCCCGGGGGGCGGCCCUGGGGGCUCGAGGGCCCGGGGGCCGGCGCCCGAGGCCGGGCGGCGAGAAGGGUGCGGCCCGAGCUGCUCCCAGGUGCUACACAGCAGAGCCCUCCCGCCUCCUCCCGCCGCGGUCAGUGGCACCUGCCCCCGCCCCGGCACUGCCCUCCGCCGCCGCAGGGGGCGCUGUGGGGGCUCUGGCCCCAGCCGCCUGCGAUUUGGGUCUUAGGUUUUCUUUUGUAUCACCCGCCGCCCCCCACCCCUUUUUUUUUUUUUUUU